UAAUCCUGUUAACAGUGCUGUUCUGGGGCAGAAGCCCCUAUGCUGCUCCCCUCUUGCUCCACGCUGACACAAUUAGUUCCCAGAGCAGGUCAAAGGAGGCCACAUCGCUAGUGCAGAUUAUCACUAUCAGCUCUUGUAGUUACCAGAGAUGGCCAUUUGCUAGCAGCGCUGAAAAAGCACAUAGCUGUAUUUAGGGAUUCCUUUAUUAUAAAUUAAUAGCCAUGUUUACAUUUUGAUUAGUUGAAAUGAAAGUAACAUAGUACUGUAUGAUUGCACUCAAUGAUUCUGUAAGUUUACAGUUAAAAUACAAGGACUUUGGGGAUGAUUAUCCAGGGAGGUGAUGUGAGAGUCCAGAGGAAUCGGGGAGCAGGUAGAAUUCUGCAGCAAAUAGAAUGCUGAAUGAAUUAUGGAGCAGGAUGGAGGGAGCAAGAAUCAGAAAGGUGAAAGUAUGCAGCAGCCUGGAACAAACGCUUACACAUAGGAAGCAUGUAGAAUGUUUCAGCACAGAGGAACUACAGAGCAGGACAGAGGGAGGCGGCCAGAGAGAGCAGGAGCAGAACAGAGGGGAGUAGGGAACAGGAGGGAGGGAGUAGUAAUGAGCAGGACAGGAAAAGUAUGCUGCACCCUGAAACAAUCGCUUAUACAUAAACGGAUUACUCGCAGUUUAACUGGGGAGGCUCGAAAAUAACUUUUUGUAAUCGAGAUUUGACUUCUAUGAGAGCAGGAGGAAUACUUUUGCAAACCAAUGUCCUAAAAUGGAGAACCGUAAGGAUAAGGAAUGCUGAAACCAAUGCGUGGGAUGUACCCUUGCUCGCUGAACCGCUACUUCUUUAAUCACAUUCAGUGCCUCCCUUGACUUGGAUGUUGUGCGUGGCAUGUUGUUGCGGCCCCUGUGUGACUAAGCUCAGUGGACCAGUUUUCCGCACGUGACUAAGCUCAGUGGACCAGUUUUCCGCACAGAUAAAUCUGGAAAAACUGCUCGGCAUUGGUGGCAUGGAUUGCUCCCGCACAGCUGUCCCUAGCCUGCUGCCUGUGUAACAUGGAGUGCACCAUCCCCGCUCAGUGCCAGCUGCUUUUCCGAGCCUGCGAGGACGGAGAUUAUGAGAGUGCAAAGAGGCUCCUGGAACCGAGUUCCGAAGCGCCGGGGAGUGGGGUAGUGGUGUCCGAGCCGCCCUUGGUGCCAGUAGACUGUACUGAUGAGGAUGGAAACACCGCACUACAGCUGGUGGCUGGGGGAGGCCAUGAACCCAUCGUCAGAUUUUUACUUAGAAAAGGAGCCUCUGUAGACACUAGGAACCACUAUGGAUGGACCCCACUCAUGCAGGCUGCCAGGUCAGGUCAUCUACAUGUUGCAAUGAUACUUUUAGAAAAUGGUGCAGAUGUGAAUGCACAGAACCGUCUGGGAGCCAGUGUCCUCACAGUAGCAUCAAGAGGAGGUCAUGUGAAUGUUGUCAAGGAACUUCUAGACCAUGGAGCCUUUGUAGAUAAUUAUGACCAUUUUGAUGUUAAUAUGGUUAGUAGGAAUGGAGAAAUUGAGGAUAUGCCUGAUAUAACAGCACUGAUGACAGCCACACAACAUGCCCAUGAAGCUGUGGUACGUCUACUGCUAGACUGGGGAGCAGAUGUAAAUUAUAGAGUAAAGACCACAGGCUGGAAUCCAUUGAUGCUUUCUGCACUCCACGGACGUGUGAGUGUGGCACAGCAGCUUGUAGAUAGGGGAGCUGAUCCUGACCAAGUGAAUAUUUUGGACAAAACACCUUUUGAAAUUGCACUUAACUUCAAGCACAAAGAUAUGAAGGAUUAUUUGGAUUCUAUAACAAAGAUUAGACCUAAAACUGAUGAAGAAAAGAAAAGACCUGAUGUAUUUCACGCUGUGAAGAUGGGAAAUGUACAGUUGGUUAAACUGAUUGUUGAUGAAGAUCCCAGCCAAGUCAAUGCUGUAAAUGCAGAUGGAGCAUCUCCUUUGAUGAUUGCUGCAGUGACUGGAAAACUGGAGCUGGUAGAACUACUGGUUGAUAAAAAUGCAGAUAUUAACAAGCAGGACAGUGUUCAUGCUUGGACUGCACUGAUGCAGGCCACAUACCAUGGAAACAAAGACGUGGUGAUAUUUUUGUUAAAUCAAGGUGCAGAUGUCACUCUCCGUGCAAAAAAUGGCUACACUGCAUUCGACCUAGUUAUGCUGCUAAAUGAUCCAGACACUGAACUUGUGCGACUGCUGGCAUCUUUCUGUUUGCAGAUGGACAAGGAAAAGUCCAAGCAGAAAAGUAAAUCUCAGUUGCUCAACACCAUGAACAAACAGUCUUUUACCAUACCACCACCAACUGAAGACAAAGCUGGAUUAAAGUCAUGGUGGAACAGGAUGUCAAAUCGUUUCAGAAAGCUGAAACUCACUCAGACGCUGAGACAUGGAUUCUCUACAAAUCGUCUAGUGCCUUUAACAGAAAAUGCCAGCGCAUCUUUAGACUCUAUGCUAAGAUCAACUUCACAUUCAGAUACAUCUAGCCCCAGAAGACCUGACUCUACUACAGCAUGGACUGCUACCAGAAAGGACAGCGGGCUGAGUAGCACAAAGAUUGAGAAUGAUGACAUACUAUUGACUACUAUGCUAAAUAAUGGGGCUCCAUUUGCGAAACUUCCAAAUGACAAGCUGAAAGCUGUGAUUCCACCAUUCUUGCCUCCUUCAAAUUUUGAACUCUGGAAUUCUGAUCGGUCCAGGAUCAGCAGGGAUGGGAAAAUGGAACAGACCAGAGCUUCUAUGGCACCAAGACUCUCAAAACACAGUUUUAACAGCAGUGGGAACUCUGAUAUUACUUCUGUUAGCCGGACACCAAGAAAUGUUAAAUUUCCAAGCUUGCCAAGAAGCCCAACUUCUCCUUCAAACUCAGGAAGUUUUAACCAUUCUCCUCAUUCUUCUGGUGGAGCCAAUAGUGUUUCAGGAAGUGCUGAAAAUGUCCUGUCACAAAUAGCAGCUCAAAGGAAGAAAGCAGCCAAUUUGUCUGAACAGAAGAAAGCUCAGCUACAUAGUCCAAAUAUUACAACUACUGCUUCGAUUGUGCUUGAUCAGCAGAGUCCUAACCCAAUCAGCAAUGGACAUUUACCAAAGAAAAUCGAAAUACUAAAAAGACCUCCAUCUGGGGCUUCUUCUACCUCUAAAAGCACAUCUCCUACCCUGACUCCAUCCCCUUCACCUACUCCAAAGGGUCGCCUUGCAGACUCAUCAAUGUCUUCAUCUUCUUCUCAUAAGCUGUCCAAAAGUAGUGGGGGUUCUAGCAGUGGAACCAUAACUGAUGAAGAUGAGCUAUCUUCUAUUCUUAAAAAAUUAUCUUUGGAAAAGUACCAACCUAUUUUUGAGGAACAAGAGGUUGACAUGGAGGCAUUUCUUACUCUCACUGAUGGAGAUUUGAAGGAGUUAGGAAUAAAGACAGAUGGGUCCAGGCAGCAGAUUUUAGCUGCCAUUUCUGAGCUCAAUGCUGGAAAGGGUCGCGAGAGACAGAUUCUACAAGAAACUAUACACAAUUUCCAUUCUUCAUUUGAAAGCAGUGCUAGUAACACCCAACCUGUGGGAGCUCAUCAAUCUCCUUCAGUCGGCACAAAGCUAAAAGUUCCUGUUUCCAAUAAGAGGUAGCACAGUUCCAAAGCAACAGGUUGUGGAUCAAAACAUAAAGGAGCUUUGUAUCCAGAGGAGCAAAGGCUGGUUUGAAACUGCUGACUCCAGCGUCUUGUCCCAAAUGGGCCACAAAGACCCUGAAGCAAGUUCUACUAAAUGUUCACAGCUGUGCAAAAAGCAAGUUGGUAUGCAGCAUGAUGGCACAAUGUGCAACAUCAAAAGCAAAGAAGAAAACAAAGCAUCCAUAAAGGGCCACAUCAGUGUUGCAGCGGUGGAUCUUAUGGAAAGGAAAAUUAUGGAGAAAAAGACGAAACAUCUAUUGAUUGUAAAUAUGAAAUGAAGGCACAUAGUUAUAGAAACAGAUUAACUUGAUACCAACAUAUUUCACUUAUAUUUAGAUCAGUGAUGAGGAUUGAGCAGUUAGUAAGAGAAACUAUACUUAUCCCAGAAUUUAUUACAUUAGCUGCUUAGGCUCCAGACACAGGGCCAUCACCAUUUUCUACAUACAGAUGUGUUUGCUAGUGCUGAAGUGUAUGUUGGCAGAGGUAUUACAUUUCGCCCUCUACCUGGUUUACAGAAUAAAGAUUUGUAUGAUGAAAUUAUAUAUUUGAUUGUUGAUUACAUUUUGCAUUAAUAUGUUGUAAGAGCACAUAAAUAAAGGUCAGUUCAUUUUA